AUGUCACGACAGGCCCUAGAGGUCUGUCUCCAUGUACCACCUGCAGAGCUCACGCUCGCAAAGCUGGCUGAGGAGGCCUGCCUGCGGAUCAUGACCUCACCACUUCGAUCUACGCUUUACCAAAUACAUGGCCAAGCCUACUGUAACGACCCAUACACGUUGCCACUUCAUCGAUUGGAAACAGCCAUUAACCGCAAACUGGGAUGGGAACUGGAGGGAAUCGAUGCGGCAUUGGAAAUCCUACUCCGAAGCCAGCCAUGCGAUGACAACCCACACGAAGCCACAAUCUACACAGAUAAUCAAGCCGCAAUACGCGCCAUGUGCCAGCCAGGGCGGUCCUCUGGGCAGUAUAUCCUUCGACGGAUCGUACGACACCUGGGCCUCCUACGCGACAACCGAUCUCGAUGGCGUGUACGACUACAGUGGGUGCCAGGCCACGAAGGGGUCCCAGGCAACGAGAAAGCAGACCAGCUGGCAAAGUUGGCUGCAGUCGAGGCGACACGGUGUACACAGGAGAACGCCCGCAUAGCCAGGAUCAGCGCACCCAAUCAGACUACACCAUACGCCGCACGAAUGUCGUAUAUUCCAAAUCAGUCAACUAUUCUUACGGCAGUGUGUCGCCAGAGGCUACAUGCAGGCUUUGCAAAGAGGUGGAAGGAACAGUGGGAGCAUACCAACCAUGGAUGGCAUCUCUAUUGGAUAAUCAAAGCACCAACGAAGAUGGUGUUGCAGCUGCACGAGGGAUUACAACGGGCUUGGAGUUCAGUGUUAAUCCAACUACAAAUAGGUAAAUCAGCGCUACGCAGCUUCUUAGCGAGUGUACGGAUUGAAGACUCACCUCAAUGCGAAUGUGGCCUUGGGGAUCAGGAUACGGCCCACGUCCUCAUACGGUGUCCUACCCAUAUAAACCUGCGUAUGGAGACUCUCUGGAAAGAAGCACGCGAAACAGAUUAUCGGAAGCUCCUUAGCGAACCUCAGUGGGUUUGGCAGAGUAAUAAAUUUAUGAUGCGGACUGGUCUAUUGACGCAGUUCCAUCACGUAACCCCCUUAAUAACCACGCGCUCACAGUGAGUGCGACACUACCCUGAUGAAGAGUAACCACGUUGAUUCGGCUCGGACGGAUCAGCCACUUGACACGUUUGGAAAUAGAACCGGGCACCAAAACAUAAAUAUCACGUCACCCUGCACCGAGAUCCUUCACUCUUUUUGUAUAUAUACAUAUCUCCUUUGUUGGUUCGGCGUUCUCUUCGCUCGUUAUCU